AUGGACAGCACUGGCAGCGACAUGGAUCAUUGGGACCUCGAAUACGAUGAGGCCCGCCAAGAUCUUGACCUCCGCCAUCAGCGCCGAUUACAGCAUUUUCACCACGACCUGACAUUCGAUCACGACACGAGCUCCCACUCGGGAUACGCACACGACCACAACUUCGCUUCGACGGACACUCAUGACCAUCAUGCGUCCAGUAUAGAUCCGGACGAUCGCUACUUCCACGACCAAAUGGCCUCGUCUUCGGUUCCACGUCCGUCGUUGCGCUCGAAUGGCGACGGAACGACCCCGAGGCAUCCAGUCGUCUCACCGAAUCGAAGUCUACCCAGGCCAAACAAUGUUCGAUCAGCGUCAAAUCCAGUGGCAGCGACAACGAAUCCCAAAGUCCGCCCGAACCCUAAUGGCAAGCCGAGCGUCAAGGACCUCAAGAAGCGAUUCGAUCAGAGUGGAAAUGGCUCUUCGAUCCCUCGUACCCCAGGGACUCGCACCGACAAUGCGUCAGGGCCACGGGUGCAGACGACGUGGAAAGGUGGUGACGGUGCCAACUCAUAUGCGAGCCGGGAGGAGGGGGGCACCGCCCAGAUUGCCAACGCCCAACAGCAAUACACGACUCCAGGCGUAUAUUGCUUCCCCUCCACCGAAACUGUCACCACCACUACGAAGCUCGAGACCCAGACAGCCAGUGUCUAUGGCGACCACAGCAAGCUCACGGUCGAAAGCGCGGCGCAGGAGCCAGGAAGCCGCCGUCGAAAGAUGUCGAUAGGACCAAUAGACUUUGAACAACGACGAGAGCACAUACGUCUCGCGUACAGUAAGUCUGUGCGCGAGAGCCAAGCUCUCGAAAGUCGUAAACGGGCAGCGGAGAGGAGGCGGCGGGAGCUCGAGGCGGCCACACAAGCGCAAGCAGCAACCGAGUCUUCAUCGGCAGCCCCUUCUCCAUUAGCACGCGAGCCGUCGACUGCUGAGCCGGAAUCCCCAAGUGGUGAUAUGCCAGUCGAGCACCGGCCGCACGUCCAGGCUGCGUUGGAUGCGGUAAUCCUUGCUGAGUCGCCGGUAGAUAUGGAUUUCACCCGUCAAGAGACGAUGGCCGCUCCUUCUGAGGAAACGAUUCAUCCAGAGGAGUCGUCUGUCGCGCCUCAGAGAUACCCAGUUCUCGAAACGCCCCCGAUGGACGUGCCCGGUAGCUUUCCGGCCUUCAGCCCACAAACUGAUAGAGACGAGCCACCGCUUUCAGCUGUAUCAGCGACCACAGAGACUACCGAAUUCGACGUUGAUCCGCAGGACGAACCUUCUAUGUCUGCUACACCACAAUCCGACGCAGUGCCCUUUACAGUCAAACCACCAAGCCCCCAGCAGCUGGCUCCUGUUCCUUUUCGCGCUGAAUACUACUCUCCGUUCGAAGACGAUUCUCAUUCCCCGUCCGUCGAUAGCGAAAGUCACGAACCUGUACAGCCCUCUCGGGAUUCAACAGUCUCAUCAGGCUACGAUGAUGAGAACAGAAUGUCCCCAGUGGACGCGUACGAGGAGAGGUUCAGGAUGAAUCGCGACCAGCCACCGCGAAUGGCAAGCUCGUUUAGCACGACUGUCACGAUACUGCCUCCCCAGCAUGCUGCUGAUAGCGAGACUGUACCUUUCCCUCGACUCGACAUGCAAGACGAUUCGGACUGUCACACAGACCUCGACGACACAGCGGAUCCUGCGCGUAGUUCAGCGUAUGGUUACGACAACGUCAAUGACACAUGCACCGAGGACGCUGAUGACCGCCUACCUCUAGACGACUGUCAAUCGGAGUCACAGUGUGACGAUCGUCGUUCAUCGCAGAUCAUGUCGUCUUGCGCCACUUCAGACGCUGGUGAUGCUGGGUACGAGCCCAACGCGACAGAGCCCACGACCCUCUUGGUUCCCCCCUCGUGGUCCAACCGGAUCAGCCAGCAUUCUCAAUGGACAGAUCUUACAGUAGAAAGCCCCAACCCUUCGAGUUUUGAUCAAUCACCCAAACUGGACGAUCCACAAGAAUCACCGACGUAUGGGCAUGUUACCAUCUUCGGAUCAGAAGUCAUAGGCCGCGGCAGCGACCCUGGAACGCGCGGAUCAGAACACGAUUCGCCCCGUGCGCAACAAUUUCACAUGACGACCGAGCCUCAGAGAUCCAACACACAGCAAUUGCCGAACGUUGAUGUUGGUGACGACUUAAGGAUACCGUAUCUUUCAGAAAACCCGGCGCACAGCGCACCAAAUAUCGCCUCGCCUGAUCAUGAGCCGCCGCCUGUUCCCCACCCUACUUCAGGCUCGCUUCUAACAUCCAGUCGGUCCAGCGGUUACGAUGAUCAGUCACAAUACGGGAGUACAAGACUCGCCUCAGGCCGUGGAAGCGAAGAAUACAUGUCACAGCUUGAAACGCCACGCACAAUUGACACCAACUCGGUUGGCACACCGGACCAGUACUUUGGCGCCCCCUCAUGUGACAGUGCAGCGACAAAGGUCAUUGUAGCAAAUGGCGACGAGUUGACAGAAAAGGAGCGGCAUCGACUUGUUCAGCGCCGCAACGUUAUCAAGGAACUUGUGGACACGGAGGCGGUCUUUGUGCGCGAUAUGAACAUUGUGGAGGAGAUUUACAAAGGCACGGCCGAAGCAUGUCCUAAGCUUGACGACAAGACUGUCAAGCAGAUCUUCCGAAACACCGAUGAGAUCAUUUCGUUCCACACUCAUUUCUUGGCACAAGUCAAAGAAGCGGCUGCCAAUGUCUACGUGAUGAAGUCGGGGCGCUCAUCAUCGUUGCAAGACAACGGGAACGAGAGUUCAAGCAAGGUUGAGACCAGCGAUGCGCAGGAUCGCACUGUGCUCCUCGGGCCCUUGUUCAAGAACAACAUUCAGCGGAUGAAGACGGCCCAUGAGGGCUUCCUGCGAAGCAGUGACCAGGCUGCGAAACGUCUCAUACAAAUCCAGCAGGACCCAACCGUCAAGGUGUGGCUCAACGAGUGUAAUGAGGUCGCCAAGGACUUGACAGCGGCGUGGGACCUGGAUUCGCUAUUGAUCAAGCCCAUGCAGCGUAUCACCAAGUAUCCGAACCUGAUCAUAACGAUCCUGCAACACACCCCGCAGGGCCAUCCCGAUCGAGAAGGACUGGCGGCAGCGAAAGACGUUAUCGAAAACGCCAUCAUCGAGAUUAACAAGACGAAGAAGAAUUUCGAGCUGGUUGGCCAGAUCGUUGGUAGGAAGCGCAAGGAGUCCGACGGCAAGAGUGGCCUCGCCAGGGCAUUUGGAAAGCGUGUGGACAAGCUACAAGCCCCAGGCGCGAGACCACCUGAGGAUUCGGAAUAUGCCAAGCUUCAUGAGAAAUUUGGCGAUGACUACUUGCGCCUGCAGGUGGUCCUCAGAGACGUUGAAUUCUACACUCGCCAGAUCUCUACCUACGUAAGGGAGUUCCUGCAGUAUCUCUCUUCAGUUGAGCUUGUCAUGCGGAUUCAGCCGGGCGGGCAUCCUGAGCUGGAGAGCAAAUGGGUGCAAUUUAACAUUUCGAUACGCGAUAUUGAAAAGCUAGCACUCGAGGAGCACCUGGCACAGGUUCGCAAGCAAGUCAUUGAGCCCUUUGAGCUGGUCAUCAAGGCCUACGGCAACCCCUCACUUGCCAUGAAGAAGCGGCAAAAGCGACGUCUCGACUACGAACGCCAUGAGCAACUGAAGCGCGCGGGCAAAAGCCCAGAUUCGAGGUUGAAAGAUUUGGUGGAAGAAUACGAAGCUCUCAAUGACACCCUCAAGAAAGAACUGCCAGUGCUGUCCCAGAGUACGGUGGAGAUUGGGAAUCUGUGUCUGCUACGGUUUGUGGACAUACAGACCAAGUGGUUUCGCAUUUGGAAGGAGAAGAUGAAGGCAGUGCUCAAGGACAAUGAGGACAUGCCCGACCUCGACGGAAUUGUCAACACGUUCCAACGAGAAUUCCCUUAUGUGGAGGAGCAACUAGCCAGCAUUGGCAUCCUCAACCCAACCACAUGGAGCAGACCAUCCAUGUCGACCUUUGCAAGCACAGACGAUGCGUUGUCGCGGAAGACGAGGUCGCCCAGGCCGUCGGAUGUUGAUACCAUGCGAAGCCGGGGCCUGUCCACAACCACAGACUCGGCACCUUCGCUCCCGACACCUGACUUUAUGAAGGGUGAAAGCAGUACGUCUUCGGUGUCUCCGAUCGCACCCAAGAACGUCGCAAGCCCCCACCAGUACAAUUACCGGGACUACUACGCCGGAUUUCCUCCGGCCACGGCAGGCUCAUCGGCUGGAGUCACGCCGGAAGUAUCUGGCAGCUCGCGAUCCGUUCUCGGCGGGACCUCGACUCGACCAAGCACAGGACGCAGCUUCGACUCGGGUGCGAUUCCAAGGCAGAGCAUGGAGUCGCAAUCGCAGUAUCGACGCGACUCGAGCGCAACAUACAACUCGUCCACAGUGCCACAAGAGGGUCGCCGAUUCUCUGGGCUCUUCCACUCGGCCUUGCCUCUCCCCGAUGGGCCGGAGGAAAACAAGCGAUCGUCUUCGCGAGCAUCCUCCAUGGAUCGCGGUGCGGCUCAUGAUGGGUAUAACGUACUGUGGCUCGCCGCAUCCCUAUUUGAGUUCAACAUUGCGACAACGAAGCACGAAGCCGGCUAUCCCUAUCUAAUCUACCAGGCAGGGGAGAUUUUCGACGUGAUUGCCGAAAAGGGCGAGCUCUGGCUUGCCAAGAACCAGGACGAUGCCAGUGAACAGGUCGGCUGGAUCUGGUCCAAGCACUUUGCCAAGUUGGCAGACUCAUGA